UUGGGUGACAAUCGCGCGACUAUCGUAUAUCAUUUCACAGGUGCUGCGAGCCUGACCUCGCUGUACACUGUGCUUGUCAUCGUCCCAACCUCUUGAAGAGAGCACUAGAGCAAUCAUGUCGUCGCCCGUAGCUGAGCUCGAGGCGGGCUUGAAUGCCAUGCAAAACCUAAAGCCACCUGGAGUUACCGCGUCCCGUAUUUCAACACUUACAAGCCUAUGCGUUGACAACAUUGAGUCUGAAUCCGUACUCAUCCAGAAGAUCUAUACCCACUUCAAGAAGGCCCCCGCCACACACAAGUUAGGCGUUCUCUACGUCGUAGAUUCCGUAACUCGCAAAUGGGUUGAGCAAGCUAAACAUCAAGGUCAACCUAUCAAUAGCUCUGCAAAGGAUGGAACCUACGCUGCCGGUGUGCAUAGAGUAACGGAAUUGCUUCCUGUCCUGAUGAAUGACAUUAUUCAGAAUGCUCCCGGAGAACAGAAGGAGAAAAUUAAGAAGCUCAUUGAUAUCUGGGAAAAGGGUCAGACAUUCCCACUCGAUAUGAUCGAGUCAUUCAAGCAGAAGCUCAAUCCAACCAAGUCCACGACACCGCCUGGUAGUCCCCCGCCGGGUCCUGGCCUCCCAGGAUUGCCUGAAUCCAAGCCUGCUGUUACCGAAGCUCCGAACGCCAUUAUGGAGGCUCUAGCCAACAUCGCUAGACAGAACGUGGCCGCUGCACCAGUUAACAACAGUGUGCCAGCUGCGACUAGCGCGUAUAACGUAGCGCCCGCGCAGACGACCGCAGUUCAGUCGCCAGUCCUGCCUCUGGGACAGGGUCAGCCUCCUGUUCCUUAUUCUACUACACCUCAGCAACCUGUAAAUUUGCCGGGCAUGCCGUAUGCAUUCCCCCAACCAGGUCAAGUCCAGGCGCCAACCCCCGCGCCGCCGUCAGCUGCCAGUAAUCUAAUUCCCGGCUUUCCUGGUGUAGCCCCAGGUGCCUCUGCGGCGCCGGUUCCUGGCAUGGACCCCGGUGUCCAGCAGCAGGUUAUGUUGAUCAAGCUUCUUGUCGACCAAGGUGUGCCUUUUGAUAAGAUUCCAGCCAUCAUAGCUAGCAUGCAGAGCAGUAGUGUCGCUUUGCCUGCAUCGACCCCUACUGCUACUUCAGCUGCAGCACCCCCUGUAGGCCAGCCCCAGUAUGCUGGCUCAUGGGGUCAAGGCGGCUUUCAACCUGUUGAUUCACGUGACCACGAUUAUCAGGGAGUUAGAUCGCCCGGUAGAUACCGCAACCAUUCAAGGUCGCGAUCGCCUCCUCGUCAUUGGGAUACUCGAGACUCUCCUCGUGGUCGCGCUGACCGUGAAUAUGGCAGUUAUGGUCGUAAUUCCCCCGGCCUAGGACGUAUGGACGAUCGUGAUCGCCGCGCUCGAGGCAACGACUAUCGGCAGCGUAGUCCCGGUCGCCGUGGCCGUAGCCCUAGCACGCCCCUCCAGGGAUACCCUCAGCCCCCGGCUACCAAAUGGGUCGAGUAUGACAGAACUAUCCCGCAAGGUCACAUCAAGGUUUUGAGUAGGACUUUGUUCGUCGGAGGCGUCACUUGCCCCGAGAGCGAGUUACGCAGCGCUUUCAAUCGCCAUGGUCAGGUGCAAACUUGCAUCGUCAACAAGGACAAGCGCCAUGCGUUUGUCAAGAUGAUCACUCGACGGGAUGCCGUCAACGCCAAGGAGGCCAUGGAGAAUAGUACCUUCAGAACUCGAUGGGGUGUCGGCUUUGGACCGAGAGACUGUAGCGACUACCAGACUGGUAUUAGCGUUAUUCCUAUCAACAAGCUGACAGAGGCGGACCGAAAAUGGAUGUUAACCGCCGAAUUCGGCGGCAGCGGUGGCCGCCCCAUCGAGACGGGACUGGUGGUUGAGGAGCCGGACAUCGAAAUAGGCGCUGGUGUCUCAUCGAAAGCAAUUAGUCGUCGCAUGCAGACCGACAAGGGUGGAAGACAUGGACCCAAAUCCAGCCGUGGCCCGGGUGGUGACGAUGAAGCGGACCUCUCUCGAUGGCGCCGAAACCGAGAUGGCCGACAAGAUGAGCAGCAAGACGACCGAAACGGUGUGACCAAUGGGCCGGCUGUCCCAUCGUUCCCUUUUGGAAUCGGAACCGGCCCUAACGGCAUGCCGGUCUUCCCUCCUGGCUUUGCCUUUCCUCCCCCUACCUCCGACCAGUAGCAGUGGCCGGACUACGGAUGGCAAAAUUGAAGCUGUCGUCUGCUUUCAACUAUCGCGUUUCUCCUUGGCGCUUCAGAGAUACUCGCGUUUCUUGUUGAACCAGCGUAGUAGUUGCGGUGCUUGCAGUGCGAAGACGUGCAUAGCACCUUACGAAUCACGUAGCAUGGAUCGGCGUUGGAGGUAUUCUGCGUUAAGAUUGAUAAGACCACAGGACCACGGUCGUCUUUCUUGACAUGUCACUAUAUCGGUCUGCUUUCGAGUUGUCAAGUUUAGCUUUGACGAACUUUCACAUCAGGGUAUGCGGUUUCAUCCGUUUUUGAUGCUUAUCUUUCUUCGAGGUCUAGCAUUGGCCUACCUCCCUCCCUACGGAGUCUACGAUCUACUCUAUUCAGACUCGAGUCUGUAGUAGAGUACAUAAUGUAUAGUACUCGGAGCACGAAAGGCGUUGGGGAGGGCAAACAAAAAGGAAGGGGGCGGCUGUUCGUCAACUUCUGUGUCGGAAAUUAGGUAUCUGCGGGAAUCAAUAAUAGGUUGAUU